AUGUCAGGGCGCAACAAGCCCUUGACCGACAUCCUGCGGUUGACUCCCAUACCCCUCGGCUUUAAAGGGCCCUCCAACAUCGCCACGUAUGUUGGAGAGACAGACCAUUUUGAAUGGGUCCAAAAGUUUGAAGCAGCAAUGACGCUGCAUGGCGAAAUGGACCUCCUUAUGUGCAGAACUUUCCCUACGCUUCUGGGAGGGAGAGCGCUGACAUGGUACACUACCCUACCAACUGGAAGCAUCGCGUCCUGGGAUGACUUAGCAAGCAAGUUCCAGUCCCACUUCGCAACCAGCCGCCCCGUGCCAAAGUUCGUUCACUCACUCGAGAAAAUCCGCCAUCAAUUUGGGGAGUCUCUUCGAUCAUUUCUAGACCGCUUUGACAAAGAAGCCCUACAGGUGCAAGGCUUAGAUCCAAAGGUGCAGGUUCAUAUACUCCUUUCAGGCUUGCGAGCGGGGCCAUUUGCCUACGAGCUAGCACGCCACGAAAUUACUGAAUUAGAAGAAGUUAGGAAAGUGGCCCAAGAGUAUAUGAGAGUUGAAGAAUACAAGGGAAGUGAUGAUGCCUACAGCCAAGAGAAGGCAACCAACAAAAAUGAGAGCCCAGCAGAAGAUAGUAAGAAAUGA